AUGAUGCUGAUUCUUCAUGUGCUGAUACUGUCACUUCUCUCUGGUGGUUCAGCUGAAGUUGUGACGGAUUUUGAGAGUAAAUGUGGUCAAUUUUUUGCACAUGGAAAAUCACCUACAAAAUUUACUGGAACACAAUACAGGCAGAUCUGCCAAACUCUAAAUAAUGUUGUUUAUUUUGCCACAUUUUAUGACACAUACAACAAGAUCCCUGUGUACUCAGCCUACAAGUUUGAAGGGAUAAAGAACUGCAAACGACUAAACAAGUGGUACAUUGAACCUCAACUUGAUGUUAAUAAUGGAUCAUCUAGCAUGAAAUUGGAGGAUGUACAAAUACAAGGAUUUGGAGACCAUCAAGCUCUCAACAGCGAUUAUAGUACGUCUGGACAUGACAAAGGUCAUCUGGCACCAGUCUUACAGGCAAACUCACAGGACUGUGCUGAUGCCACCUUCACUCUCACCAAUGCUGCUCCACAAAACCCCUCUUUUAACCGAGGUAAGUGGAAGGAACUAGAAGGACAAAUAGCAAAAGAUCUGUCCGCUCAGUGUCUACAGAAGUAUUCUGUUUACAUUGUGACAGGGGUGGUACCAGAUAAUACCACAAAAUUAAACAAUAGAGUGAAUGUGCCUAGUCAUUUUUGGACUGCAUACUGCUGCUUAGAUCAGAAUAACAAAUGUCAGAUUUCAAAUGGGUUUAUUGGAAAGAAUGAGAACAUUACUCCUGAAGAAAAAACUGUGAAGAAUUUAGAGACUGAGUUGACAACGCUUUAUAAAACAUCCUUUGAGGUGUUUGAACCCACCGCCCACCCCCCCUCCCAAAAAAGAAGAAUGGAAUCGGAAUCAGAAUCAAAAAACAAAAUGCUAAAAAACAAAAAAUUAACUGAUGUCUGA